CUAUACCUCAUGAAGUUAGCACUUGGUUAAAUCAGUUAGAUAAUGAGUUUAUUUCAUACCACUUUAGUUAUUUGGCUAACUCUAGUCCUUAUUUCACACGAAGUUUCAGGAGAAAUAGAAACUCUCGUGGAGGAACCUGGACCAGACCUUUGGUACUGGUUUGUCUCUAAAGAAAUACCUGAAGGAGCUGGGUGGAUGCAUCCUUCGACUCAGAGUCCAGUGUACUCAGUCUGUGAUAUUGUUAGCAAAAAUAAGGAACCAAAGAACUGGUUACGAACAGACUAUAUUUACAUCAAAGGUGCUACACGACUCAAUAUUGAAGUCACAUAUACCCUUCGUACCUGCCCCUUAGCUAACGUGGUGCCACUCUGCAGAACUAACUUCACCCUUUAUUCUUAUCAUACGGAUUACAGAUUAGAUUAUGAUGCAGACCCGACAAAGUUAAAGUUCCAAAAAGAAACUGUCAUUGCCCCAGACACUCUUCCUGCGCCAAAUAAACUCACAACAGACACAUUUCAUGGGUCAAUAGUAACAAAAGCAAAGGGAAUUUAUUUGGCAUUAUUAGACCAAGGAGCCUGCUUGACAAUAAGAAAGUUUGUUAUGAGAUAUCGUUUCUGCUCUGAAACGGCCGCUGCUCUCGUUAAAUUUCCAAGAACAGUUGCCCCAGCAAAUAAUAUUAAUUCAACUAAUCAUGAAGGAGAAUGUACAGAUCCUAACUCACUUAAAAGAAACAAUCAAAAGAUAUUUGGCGUGUGCCUCAGUAAUGGGGAGUGGAACAUCACAAAUAGCUCAGCCUGCCUUUGCAGUUAUGGUUAUGAACUAACCAAUGGAUCUUCAGACUCUUUUGUAUGCAAAGAGUGUCAAAAGGGCUUCUAUAAGGAUUCUGUUGGUAAUGAAAAAUGUGUUCCUUGUCCUGAAAACUCAGCAUCUAAUAUUGACAGAAAUGGAUGCAUGUGUAACGAAGGUUACUACAGAUCAUCCAUUGUCGCAGAUUGUGAGGUCUUUGUAAAGGUAAUUAACAUAACCAUGGUCAUUACCAGUGAAAGUUGCACUGAUGGAAAAUACGACGUAUCCUCGUUACUGGCGAGAAUCCAAGAAGUG